ACCCCUUCCGCUCCAGGCUUCCUCUUUCUCUUCAAGAUGGCUACGCCAGCGGCGCCCACGAGUGCUCCCCCAGCCACUCCGGCCCCAGUGCCGGACCCGGCUCCUUCGCCGACGCCGGCUCCAGCGCUGGCCGCUGCUCCAGCGCCGGCCUCGUCUUCGGAUCCGGCGGUAGCGGCGGCCGCCCCAGCAGCUCCGGGCCAGACCCCAGCCUCAGCAACGACCUCAACGCAGAGCCCGGCAACCGCGCUGCAGGGUCCGGCGCUCCCGGGGCCCUUUCCCGGCGGCCGCGUGGUCAGGCUGCACCCAGUUAUUUUGGCCUCCAUCGUGGACAGCUAUGAGCGACGCAACGAGGGUGCUGCCCGAGUUAUCGGAACCUUGCUGGGAACUGUUGACAAGCACUCAGUGGAGGUCACCAACUGCUUUUCAGUGCCACACAAUGAGUCAGAAGAUGAGGUGGCUGUUGACAUGGAAUUUGCUAAGAACAUGUAUGAAUUGCACAAAAAAGUCUCUCCAAAUGAGCUCAUCCUGGGCUGGUACGCCACAGGCCAUGACAUCACAGAGCACUCUGUGCUGAUCCAUGAGUACUACAGCCGGGAGGCCCCAAACCCCAUUCACCUUACUGUGGACACAAGUCUCCAGAACGGCCGCAUGAGCAUCAAGGCCUAUGUCAGCACUUUAAUGGGUGUCCCAGGGAGGACCAUGGGAGUGAUGUUCACACCACUGACAGUGAAAUAUGCAUAUUAUGACACUGAACGUAUUGGAGUUGACCUAAUCAUGAAGACCUGUUUUAGCCCCAACCGGGUGAUCGGACUCUCGAGUGACUUGCAGCAAGUUGGGGGAGCAUCGGCUCGCAUCCAGGAUGCCCUAAGCACAGUGUUGCAAUAUGCAGAGGAUGUACUGUCUGGAAAAGUGUCAGCUGACAAUACUGUGGGCCGCUUCUUGAUGAGCCUGGUUAACCAAGUACCCAAGAUAGUUCCUGAGGACUUUGAGACCAUGCUCAACAGCAACAUCAAUGACCUGCUGAUGGUGACCUACCUGGCCAAUCUUACACAGUCACAGAUUGCCCUCAAUGAGAAACUUGUAAACCUGUGAAUGGGUCCCAGCCAGCACACCUACCUAUCUUGAGUCUCAACUGUAAGGCCCAGCACAAAGUGGAGGAGAAAUGGUUUGUGGUCUUGAGUCACAAAGUAAGUUAGCUACUUGUGACUCCAAAUAAACAUAGUCUACCUUUUGUAAAUAAA